GGAUUCUAAAAAGAAACCAUACAAUGCCUUAAAACAUAAAAAAGAUGCAAAGUCGCCCCUGGUGUGCAUUCUAAUAACUAAAUUUUGAAUGGAAAGUGUGCCAAAGUAUUGGAAGCUCCUGGCGGGGAAAGCUUUCUCCAGGGCGAGCUUUUUUUCUGGUUAACUGUCAGCGAGCAUCAGCUGAAGCAACAGAUGUGCCCCCAGCUGGCAGAGGCAGCACGUAAACAAGGCGAGAGCGCCGACGCGGUGGCAGGUAAACAAACACCUGUGGGACUCCCGCGGAGGUAAACAAAGCCAGUGCGCCGAAGCGCCAAACGUCAGGACACGCGCACUGCCGCCCCAGAAGAGUGCGGCGAAUGGCAAUUAAGGUGGGAGCAUGGAGGUCCCUUUCCGGCCAAGGGGCGUCCAAUGGCGGAGCUUUAAGCUGCCCCAGAAACGUCACAGAAACGUCAAAACGGGCCACGACAGUGUAGAGAGAAAAGUUUUCGCUGGCCAACAACACACACACACCAAAAAGUGCUGGCUCGCGGAGAAAAUUCCACCAAAAAUUAAAUAUAUUUAUUAAUAAAAUCACAAUUUAGUGGAAAUUAAUGAAAUUGUGCAUCCGGUUAGUGAGAGUGGCCUGUAAGAAUGUGCCGUGAAUGAGCGAGGUGGCGAGGAGAGGAGCUAUUGAAUUGAUCCAGUGAUUUUGUGACCCCGGGGGGAAUAUGUUUUCGGAUGGCCAGGACAGGUGGCCAAAGCCGAGCUAACGGGAUAUGUGGAGCAAGUGCAAAUGUUAGGCUAUAAAAAAAACGGAUCCGAUUGGUAUUUAUGUCGCGCUCCCGCCCGAUCGUCCUCCACCAUCAUCAGCAAUUAGUACAUAAGCAGCAGCAGCAGAAGGAGCAGCAGGAUCAUCAGGAGGAGUACCAUGGCGUGGCCGAGGACGAGGACACUGGCCCAUUGGUGGCGCCUCUGCCUGGGCCUUUUCUCCAUCGUGGUCUGGCUGGUGCCGUGCGUCAACCUGCAGCCAGCCGAGAACAUCAACUACAAUCUCGUUCAUUCGUGGGCCGACAAACUGGGCAUGGAGCUGUUUCAUCUGGGCGAUUUCAUCACCAGGCGCAAGGAGGUGCAAGAGAGCUUCAAGGAAGCCAAAGUUGUGUCGCGUAAUGGCGCCUCCAUUGUGGACUCGAUGGCCAAGGAAAUAGAAAUGAUGAUGGAUCUCAAAGUUAGCGCCGUAAGGCGCAUUAUGGAUACCGCCGAGAAUACCGCUCUGUCGCAUCAAAACGAUCUGGCGGACAAGAUGUUCUCCUACUACAACGCCAAGGAGAUGCUGGAGCCCGGCGAUCCCUUUCCACCCAUUCCCACCCCGGCCCCCGACAUGGACAAGGACAUCGGUGAGCCGCUCAUCUACGUCCAGCCGAAGGUGGUGGUCCUGGAGAAGCGGCCGGAAUUCCACAACACGCCCGUUAACUUCAGCGUCAGUUCGGUCCAUGUGCCGGUGAAUGUGUUCGAUCGAGCACCGGAUGUGAUAAAAGCAAUUCAGUGGUCGGAGAAUUUGGAUCAGAUAUUCCGCGACAAUUACAAAAACGAUCCGACAUUGUCGUGGCAAUUCUUUGGCAGUUCGACUGGCUUUAUGCGUCAAUUCCCUGCAUCGAAGUGGAACAAGGACGUACCGGUUGAUCUGUACGAUUGCCGACUACGAUCUUGGUACAUGGAGGCGGCAACGAGUCCGAAGGAUAUUGUUAUCCUGAUGGAUGGAUCCGGUUCAAUGUUGGGACAGAGGCUAGAUAUCGCAAAGCAUGUUGUCAAUACGAUACUCGAUACAUUAGGUACAAAUGACUUUGUGAACAUCUUCACCUUUGCUAAGGAAGUGAGCCCAGUGGUCUCCUGUUUCGAGGAUUUACUGAUUCAAGCGAAUCUGGACAACAUACGUGAACUGAAAGAAGGGAUUGAAUCGUUUAAACCCAAAUCGAUCGCCAAUUACACCGCUGCAUUGACAUUCGCUUUCGAGUUAUUGGAAGACACCAAGUCGUCUUCGCGCGGGGCGCAGUGCAAUCAGGCGAUCAUGGUCAUUGGCGACGGGGCGCCGGAGAAUAAUCGGGCGGUCUUCGAGCUACACAACUGGCGGGAUCCGCCAUACAAGCCGGUGCGUGUGUUCACCUACCUGAUCGGCAAGGAGGUGGCCAAUUGGGAUGAUAUACGGUGGAUGGCGUGCGAGAAUCAGGGCUACUAUGUCCACCUCAGCGACACCGCCGAGGUGCGCGAGAUGGUCUUAAACUACAUACCGGUGAUGGCCAGGCCAUUGGUAUUGGGUAGACACGAUCAUCCGGUCAUUUGGUCGCAGGUCUAUGCGGAUAUCGAGGACACCAAGCUAUCCGACUACCUCUGGGAGAUCAAGCAGUGCGAGGAGCAGAAGGCCGAUGUCCUGGAGUACUGGCAGGUGCAGGACAGGAUGCUGGAGCCCAGCGAGAUGCACCGCCGCGAAUACCGGCGUAUGAAGGAGACCUGGAACCAGCCCGUGGACUCGAAUGUUUACCAGUUCAUGACCACCGUCUCGAUGCCCAUUUACGAUCGACGCGAGAAUGCGAAUAUCACCGAAGAAGUUUUAAUAAAUGAAGCACUCUGGGAAUUGCAAACACGUGAGACAAGAAUUGCGAAUAUCCUGGGCGUGGCUGGCACCGAUGUGCCCAUCAAUGAUAUUAAAAAGCUGCUAUCGCCAUUUAUGCUUGGCGUGAAUGGCUAUGCGUUUAUAGUAACCAACAAUGGUUAUAUACUAUUCCAUCCAGACUUUCGUCCAAUUUUCCAAGGUUACAUAUUAAAACCAUCAUACAAUAGCGUUGACAUGAUUGAAGUCGAACUAUUGGAUGACGACAAGGGCGCCAGAGACUUUAAUCCAGUGCUGUUGACGAUAAGAGAUUCCAUAAUCAAUCAAUCGACAGGCAGCAAAUGGAUGUUGGUCAAAAAUCAUUUCGAUGAAAUGAAACGGGUGAUUCGCAUUAAGCGGCAGUAUUACUGGACAGCCAUCAAAAAGACACCUUUUACUUUGGUCAUCUCAUACCCAGAGCAAUACGGAGUGAGCCGGAUGGACAUAAGAACGGAGCAGGAGAUCCAUAGAGUUAAUAUCAAGGGCACAAAUAUACGCAGCUUCUUUGAUGGCAAGCGUUGGAAAAUACAUCCCGAUUGGCUAUUCUGUAAGCACAGCAACCGGACAUUCAAAACGCCAGAGAUUGAACUUUUGUACUUUCUCGAGCGUAUGUCCGAGCCUGGCUGGCGAUGGCCGGGAAGUCGAAGCGCUAUGCCCCCGGAGCACGCAGCUGCCAUGUUCUCUAACAACUCAUCAACUGGCCGCUAUCCAUCAAUCAAUGAAAAAGAAAGCUACUAUUGUGAUCGGCAGCUGAUGCAAGCCUUGGUAUUCGAUGCCCGAGUCACCGGGUGGUUCUCCAACAAAACCAGCUGGCACUCCAAGGACGAAAAGGGCACAAGCGCAUCAAGCCCAAUAGCUGUUCUAAUGGGUUUGCUGCCAAGGAACGAAUUCAAGCAGCGCUUCGGCGUCACUUUGGCCUUUCUGGCCACCCACAGUGGCCUCACCCGCUGGCACGAGUUCCAUUCCAACGGACUCGAGGAUACUAGAAUUGGGGAGGCCUUUAGUCAGAACAACACGCGAGCCAUCGAUGAGAUUUGGUACAAACGAGCCGUGGACCAACAUUUUGUACGAGAAGAGAGCUUUGUUUACUCGGUGCCUUUCGAUGCGGGUGAAAGCAAAUCGGAGAUUUUGGUAACCGCCAGUCAUGCCAUUUUUCAUAACGAGGGCGGCAAGGCAGCUCCAGCAGCUGUCGUUGGCUUCCAGUUCCAGCACUCGGCUCUCUACAAGCUCUUCCACAACAUCACCGGCAAUGCCUGUGCGAUGGACGACAAAGACUGUUAUAUUUUGGACAACAAUGGCUACGUGGUCAUCUCGACCCGGGUCCAUGAGACGGGAAGGUUCUUUGGGGAGGUCAAUGGAGCCAUCAUGAAGCGGCUGCUGGAGGAGAAUGUGUACAAGAGGGUGAUUGUCUACGACUACCAGGCAGUGUGCUUCAAGUCGAAGAACGACAACAAUGCAUCCAGCAUGUUGCUAUCGCCUUUCAUCCAUGUUCUGCGUCUGGGCAAAUGGCUGCUGCAUACGGCGCUGUGGUAUAUUGUGCAACUGAUGCAAUGGGCGCCCGGAGUGUCCGCCCAUUUUGCCGAUAUGCACGGCGACCUGAACGGCACCGAGCCGAGACCGCCGCCAGAACACCAUGAAAGGAAUGGCCAUGGGAAUGGGAAGAAGAAAAAUGAUGACACAUGGCUGAGAUAUCUGACGUUGCACCGGACCAGGCUAAAAACGUGCGACAUGCAACGCGAACUGUACACACUCUUUAACGAGAAGGACAACGUUGUCUACAAUAUGACAGCGCACGCAUGCGAGCGGCCAUUUGUCGUCCUGCCCAUACCGAACAGCAAUCUCAUUUUGCUGGUAAUUGACCAGCUGUGUCCCCGGGACGCCUCCCUCAUCCUCACGGUGAAUCCCCAGACGAUCGACUACCACCUGCCGGUCAACGAUUCCUUGGCCUGCUUCAAGCAGGCCAAUGAGUUCAAUCGCGUGCGGCCCCAGAGCUGUAUUAGCCGGCAUGCGAACGAGAGCGCCAUCAAGCUGUGCGGCAAAGGAUGUGCCGUGUACGCGAACCUGGGCCUGCUGCUACUCUGCCACAUACUGAGUCGCUGGCUGUAACGGCGGCCGAUGGGUUAGCUUAGAUCUAGGCAAUAUUUUGUAUUAUAUAUGGAAGAGCGAUCCGGAGGAGGGGAUUCCGACAACAUUUUUUACUCUAACGCUUGAGCGCAGUUCAAUAUUUUUGGUCACCUAGAGAGAAACUUUUCCAAAUUAGUUGUUAAGUAGCUAAAUAUCCGUUUUGAGCUCCAACGUGAAGAACACGGACAGUGUGUGCUGCCUAAGACGGACGGACGGACGGACGAAUGGACAGGCGGGCUUAUUGUAGACCUUCCAGUAGAUGACAGGAGCAAAUGCGAGAAAACAAAAACUAAAUUAAUAUAUAUAUUUAUUGCAUAUGUAUAAACUGAAAAACCAAAAAGAAAUUCCAACAACGGCCUUAAACGACUUGCAACCAUCAUAUAAGCUGAACGCAAAGCGCCGUCGACUGGCGACAAAACUUAUGGCACACACUGUUCCAAUGCCGACUACUGCCCAUGGUUAUGCGUGUGAGUGUGAGUGUUAGUAUGUGUGUGAGAGUGUCGAGUGUGACCGAAUGCGUGUUUGAGUGUGUCUGAGUGAUAUUCCUAAUCUAAGACGGCCACAUUUGUAAGUAACACUUAGCUACAAGUUUAUGUUUAAUGAACGGAUCAAGAAACCUAUCGGUGAAGGUGGCGAAUAACGGAACCAUUUAAUUAUAUAUAUAUACACACACACACAUAUACCAUAAUACGAUAUAUACCUACGAGUACGGCCCGGUACAUGCUAAUUAAUUUAAGUAGCUUUUGUAUAUUUGCUUAGCUUAGCCCAAAUGAGACAAACUAAACGAAAGAAAGUUCAGCCUUGGAAGUAACUACAUAAAACUUUUAUAGACAUUCGUUAAAUGAUGAUAAACAUAAAAAAAUAAAAGAAAAUUGUAAGCCACUAAACAGAAACCAAAAAAACCAAAAAAACUAAUACAAAAAUUUAAAGGCAUUGUUUUUUUAUAUACACUGAUGACGAUACCUAGCAUUACCCACAAGUACCUACAUAUAUUGACAAAAAAAAUGAGAAAAUGAGAAAAAAAAAACUUUUUAUUACUAAACUACUUGAUAUGAGCCACAGAACUGAGCCGAGGACGAGAUGAUUGAGUAGAAGCAACAGCAUCUAGCAACUAAAUUAUUAUUAAUACUACACUUAACAUUGAACUAGUUGAAAUUUACCAGAACAAGCUCCAAUGACACAACCCACAUACUAUACUAUACCAUAUAUCUCUCUUGGCCGGAAGGCCGAUCUCUGCUAAGCUUUAGCCCCCAACCCCCAACCCCCACCCCUCAUGGUAGUGUAAUCAACUUGUGCCAUUCGAACUGCCUACAAUUUGUUAUUAACUAUUUAAUAUUUAAAUCAUAAAAGCGUAACCAGAUCUCUGUUAUUCAUCUUGAAGAGUCCUCUCGCAGGUUGUUUUAAUCCUUAAUCCUUAAUCCUAAUUUUGUAUAUUCCGAUUGAGCCCACUUGAGUAUAAGGCUAAUACUAAUUCCAAAACUAAUACCAAGCUUGCAUGCCACCACACCACAGGACAUUAAUCUCUGGCCCGAUCUCUGCAACUCUCCUCGAAAACAAGAAAAAACAA